UGAGCUGUAGAGCAAAUUGAAAGCUCACCGAAUACUCUAGAAUUCGUGAUCGCGGUUUCAUUGUCAUUAUGCGUGGGUUGCACUGCACCCACUCCAUCUGCCGCUUAUUGUUCUGUUGGUAGAUGUUGCAGAACCAAUGGUGCAGUAUAAUAAGGGGGCCGAAUGUUUGCCCCGCCCUCAGUGUUGUCUAUGUCGGUCAUGUUUACUAGGUACCCAUAGGCAACGAACAAAUUCAACCAACAGCUGCUUAUGUCCCACUCGGAUGGUAAAACAUUUUUUUGAACACAAUUUGCAGGUGUCCUACUCUUUCCCACCUGCGAAUUAUCUCCUCGUCUUAACUCAUUCAUAGGUAAUCGAACAGAUAAUGCGCAUAGCUAUCAUUGGAGGCGGUCUCGCAGGCGUCAGCCUUGCAAACCUGCUUAUAAGGAACCCUAAUCUCGAGAUUGAAGUUUACGAGUCUAAGGAGUUCUCUGAGCGUGGUGCUACGGUAGGCCUGUCUCGAAGCGCCUUGACCGCACUGGAACGGAUACUGCCCGCGGCGGUAGACACUCUAGUAGAGAAAGCAGGAGCCGUACCAACUGAGUCAAUCCGCGUCAUGGUUGGCUCUGGGAAGAAUCAAGGAGAGUUUCUGUUUGAAAUUCCGAAUAUGAAACCCAGGAUCUCGGUUCCCCGAGCAUCACUACUCAAGGAGCUCCUAGCACAUUUACCUGAGAAAAUAUUGCAUGCGAAUAUGCAGUUGACAUCCAUCGACCAAGGGCCUGCUGGAGUAGCUAUCACGUUUUCAGACGGCACUACUCAUCAUUUUGACGCCGUCAUUGGCGCUGACGGUAUCAACAGUCAUGUUCGAGGGCAUAUUCUUACCGCUCAAGACCAGAGCUCACCGGCUGGUUUCUGGGAUUGCUGGGGAAUGUUUCCAAGUGAAAAGGUCCGCGGCAGUGUAGACGAGGAGUAUUUGAGGCCUGGGCAACAGUAUGCCUUCACAGCUGAUGGUGCCAUGUUAUUGUAUGCAUUGGUAGCAGGCGGAACAAUGGUUCAAGCUAUUAUCUCAAGCGCUGAAGAUGCAGGGGAGAGACAGGUCGAUCGAAAGCGGAAACUUGAAGACCAAGAGAAAGAGAAUUUGCGCCGGAAAUGGGGCGUUGCUAACGGUAUAGUUGAGCUUCUAUUGUCCGAUGCUUCCCUUCACGCAUAUUCACAAUAUGAACACAAGUCUACCGCGGCGUACUGCCAAAACAACAUCUGUCUCAUUGGCGACGCUGCUCACGCGUCUACGCCAUGGCAAGGUGCUGGCGCCGGGCAAGCCCUUGAGGAUUGCGUUAUCCUCGCAGCCCUGCUGAAUGGAAUCACGGAUCCGAAAAACAUAAGCAAAGCUUUCCGAGUAUAUGAGUCGGCGAGGAUGCCGAGGUGUAAACAAGUUAUUCAGUCUAGUAGAGAGGUUGGUAAUAUUAUGUGCAGUCAGGAGAAGUAUGAGAAUAUUGAGGACUGGAGGAAGGCCCUGAAGUGGAAGUGGGACUUUCUGUAUGAUUUCAAUCUUGAAGAGCAGGAGAGAGAGGCGCUGGAGGCAUUCAAGGUGUCGAUGGCUGCCUGAUUAAUUGCUAUAGAGCGAGAUGACAUGCUCAAUUCACAGAAGAGGUGCUAUGAGAAGUAACAAUAGUUUCAUAGUAAGGGAGGAGAAUAUAUUAGUAUUAGAUAGCUUGUAAUUGAACCUUUGCGACAAAACGCGGGAUUUAGUCAUUAACAACAAGGUCACUAGGAGUGAGCGGACCCUAUAGGGUGAUUCUCUUAUAAAAAGAUCUGGUUGAACGCUUGAAGGACGUCAAACGGGAGGGCACGUCGUUAUAAGCCAAGAUAUCAACGGAUUUCUUAAUAGAUAAAUAAACGAAGAUGGAUUAAUGAGCUCAUAAGUAGCUACCAUUGAGACUGAUAUGAACAUACUAUAAUGCUGUUUGUA